AUGCAACGCGCGUCAGAUUUCCAAUGCUUGGAGGCGCAGGCGAAGCAGGUUGAAGUUGAAGUGAAGCCGGCCACACCACCAGCCCCCCCUGCUCCCCCCACCGCGGCCACCGCGCUGUUCGGCGCCUCCGGGGCCGCCGCGGCGCACAAGAGCCCCAUCAACUCCCUCUACGAGACCUGCCCCGGCCUCACCUUCCACUGCACCUUCGGAGACGGCUCCUCACUGGACCAGCCCAAUGCGCCUCUUCAGCUCAGCCACAGCAUGCGUUUCAAGGUCGUCUGCCAGAUCAAGGACCAAACCUUUGAAGGAUAUGGUUCAAGCAAGAAGUUGGCGAAGCUGGCGGCGGCUCGGGCCGCGCUGGCGGUCUUGGAUGAGGGCAAAGCCCCCGCGGCCGCCGACGAGCCGGGCUGCCUGCCGCAACCAAGAGCGGAUACCAUUGGGAAGUUGGUGAACGAGAAAUUCCACGAGAUCAUGAAGGGCGACCUGGUGCACUCCAAGAGAAAAGUCCUAGCUGGCAUCGUGAUGACCAUCGACAAUAGACCCAACGACUCCAAGGUGAUAGCAGUGACCACAGGCACUAAGUGUGUGUCCGGAGAACAUAUGUCGGUGCGAGGACGCGCCGUCAAUGACUGCCAUGCCGAGGUGGCAGCACGACGUUGCUUACAGCGACAUCUGUACGCGCAACUCCUUAUGUACGCGGAGGCUAAAGAUCCAACAGUCCCUAUACCGGAUUCGGACCUGGAACCGGUCCCGGGCGGCGGCUACCAGCUAAAACCGGACCGGCAGCUACACCUAUACGUGAGCACGGCGCCGUGCGGCGACGGACGCAUCUUCAGCCCGCACGAGCAGCCGGACCCGACGCCGGACCGACAUCCGAACAGAUUGGCGCGCGGUCAGCUGAGGACCAAGAUAGAGUCGGGCGAAGGCACUAUACCAGUCAAGAAUUGCAGUAAUGUCAUACAGACCUGGGAUGGAGUUAUGCAGGGCGAGCGUCUCCUAACCAUGUCGUGUUCGGACAAAGUUUGCCGCUGGUGCGUCGUCGGCAUGCAGGGGGCGCUACUGUCGCGGCUCAUCCGACCCGUCUACCUGCGGUCCCUGGUCCUAGGGUCCCUCUUGCACCCACAUCAUAUGUAUCGGUAAGUUGGAAUGGUGCAUCUCCUGACAGUGUCGUGUUCGGAGAAAGUUUGCCGCUGGUGCGUCGUCGGCGUGCAGGGGGCGCUACUGUCGCGCCUCCUCCGACCCGUCUAA